AUGGCCCAUCCGCCACCUCGGUGUCACCCAUCCACACGUGAAAGAAUUCUGCAAAAAAUCCGUCACUGGAUAACAGGGGAUUCCAACACAAGGAUACUCUGGCUCUCAGUCUCUGGCUCCAUGGGGAACGGAAGUCCAGACCAACGUAUCUUUCUUCCUGCCAAAAGUUCACGGACACCAGUCUCUGUCUUCAUCCCAAAUUCCAAUCCCUAA